AUGGCAGAGGGCGACAGUAACAAAGAGGUCAUCCACUUGAACAGCUUUCACUGCCACCGAGGACAAGACUGGAUCAGUCUCAGAGAUGGGCCCAUCACCAUAUCUGACUCCUCUGACGAGGAAGGGAUUCCAAUGCUGGUCACCCCAGUUCCUCAGCAGCAUGAAGAAGAGGACCUGGAUGAUGUCAUCCUGACAGAAACAAAUAAACCUCAGACACCACGACCCAAUCUCAUCAAACCAGCUGCCCAGUGGCAAGAUCUGAAAAGAUUGGGAGAAGAAAGGCCUAAACAGUCUAGAGCAGCAUUUGAAUCAGAUAAAAACAGCUAUUUUUCAAUGUGUAACAACCCAUUGUUUGAUUCCGGGGCACAGGAUGAUUCUGAGGAUGACUAUGGAGAAUUUCUGGAUCUUGGGCCUCCUGGAGUCUCUGAAUUCAUAAAGCCAAGUGGCCAAAGAGGAAGAGAACCCCAACCUGGACCAAGUCACGGCCAAGCCUCAAAUGACAUCGGCGAUCCCAGAUCAGAGAAGAAAGUUGUCUUGGAAGACAGUAGCCUUCUUUCCUCAGAAAGCGAGCCCCUCAGCCAGUCAUCGGAAGAGUCGGAAGCAGGGCCGGGAGAGUCGGCUGCAGUGGCAGGUGACCAGACCCGUGAGGAGGGCUGCUGGCUGGAGCGCCCCUACUUCCAGCCUCCAAAGCAGGAGACCCGUGAGAGGACAAGCCAGGUGGUUCGUCAGGAGCUGGGCCCCCUGUGGUAUCAGCACGAACCCCCAGGGCCUGCUUUCCCAAGGCCGGAGCCCCAGCAGGAUGGGAUUCCAGGUCCCUCAUCCCCUCAGCCUGCCCAUCCUUUAGGAGAACUUGAAGACCAACAGUUAGCAAUAGACGAUGACCAGCCUGGGCCGGCCUUUCCACUUCAGGGAUCACAGGAGCCCAACUUGGGAAACAUUUGGGGCCAAGGAGCUACUGAAGUAGAUCAAGAACUCAUUGCACUAUUAGUGAAAGAAACGGAAGCAAGAUUUCCAGAUGUAGCAAAUGGGUACAUUGAGGAAAUAAUUCAUUUGAAGAAGUACUACGAUUUGAAUGUACUUUGUAAUUUUCUUCUGGAAAACCCAGAUUAUCCAAAGAGAGAAGACAGAGUCAUUAUAAACCCCAGCAGCAGCCUGCUUGCCAGUCAAGACGAGACAAAGUUGCCUAAAGUCGACUUUUUUGACUACUCCAAGUUGGCUCCUCUUGACCAGCGCUGCUUCAUCCAAGCUGCUGACCUCCUGAUGGCUGACUUCAAGAUGCUCAGCAGUCAGGACAUCAAGUGGGCCCUGCACGAGCUCAGAGGACACUAUGCAAUCACCCGAAAGGCCUUUUCUGAUGCCAUUAAAAAAUGGCAGGAACUAUCGCCAGAAACCAGUGGAAAAAGAAGAAAGAGGAAAGAAAUGAAUCAGUAUUCUUACAUAGAUUUCAAAUUUGAACAAGGUGACGUGAAAAUAGAGAAAAGGAUGUUCUUUCUGGAAAACAAGCGGCGACACUGUCGGUCCUAUGACCGACAGGCCCUCCUCCCAGCCGUGCAGCAAGAGCAGGAAUUCUAUGAGCAGAAAAUCAAAGAGAUGGCCGAGGAUGGCCAGCUGAUCGAGUGCCGCUGCUGCUAUGGGGAAUUUCCCUUUGAGGAGCUGACACAGUGUGCUGACGCUCACUUGUUCUGCAAAGAGUGCCUCAUCAGAUACGCUCAGGAGGCAGUCUUCGGGUCUGGAAAGUCUGAGCUCAGCUGCAUGGAAGGCAGCUGCACGUGUUCUUUCCCGACCAGCGAACUGGAGAAGGUGCUUCCCCAGACUGUACUGUACAAAUACUACGAGCGGAAGGCAGAGGAAGAGGUCGCCGCAGCCUACGCCGAUGAGCUCGUCAGAGAACGCACGGCAGCAAAACGGGCCUUGAGAGCAGAGUUGGCAGAAGGCGUUGGGGCUCAGCACCGAGGCGAAGCGCUGAGGCGUUUGGGAUUCACCGGAGAUGGCAGCAUUCUCAUUCGUGCAGAUUCCCCCCUUCUGCCUUCUCCUGAGCGAGAUGGCCAAGCCGCUAAUCCUGCUGGUCCCCGAGGAGCCCUGUUGUUUAAGAAAUGCGCCCUGUGUGAGACGGAGGGCAUCCGCUGCCUCGUGGCAGCCUCUCUGCCGGUGAUGGGAACUCUGAUUCAGUUUCCUGGAACUUGUCACCUGGAGACGAGGGGCUGA